UCCAGACACAGCCUGGACUGGACUGCUCGUAGUCUUCCAAUUCCACUCUGUGCCCAAGAGGCCAUUAAACACAGCAUAGAGGAAGAAGAAGAAGAAGAAGAGAACCCGGAGAGAAUGCAGCUCACCCGUCUUCUUCUUCUUCCUCUUCGUCUCACUCUCUCACUGACUCCAUAACCAGAUGUUCUCAUCUUCCUUCAAAGCUUGAACCUUUCACCGGCCAAUCAAGCCUAAAGCCCCUCUCUGGGUCUUCAUCUCUUGGCCGCUUCCAAGCAAAAUGCUGCCAAAAAUCCUCCCUUUGCUCGCCAUUGCGGUGCUCUUCUUCCUCCCGUUCUCCGCCCCAGAUCUGACCUCCGACAGGGCGGCCCUGCUCGCCCUCAGGGCCGCCGUCGGCGGGAGGACUCUGCUCUGGAAUGUGAACCAGCAGAGCCCCUGUUCUUGGGCUGGAGUUCAGUGCGAAUCCAACAGGGUCACAGCCCUCCGACUCCCCGGUGUCGCCCUCUCCGGCGACUUGCCGAACGGCAUUCUCGGCAACCUCACUGAGCUCCGGACGCUCUCCCUCCGGUUCAACAUGUUGACUGGACAAAUCCCCUCAGAUCUCGCACUCUGCACCAACAUGAGGAACCUCUACCUGCAAGGCAACAAGUUCUCCGGCCAAAUUCCGGAGGUUCUGUUCAGCCUCCCUGACUUAGUUAGGCUCAACCUUGCUUCCAAUAACUUCUCCGGCGAGAUUCCCCUGAGCCUCAACAACCUUACCCGGCUCAGGACUUUGUUCCUCGAGGAUAACCAGCUCACUGGGUCGAUUCCCGCCGACCUGAACUUCCCAAAACUCGAGCAGUUCAAUGUCUCGAACAACCAGCUUAACGGGUCGAUCCCCGAUAGUUUGCAGGCUUUCACGACUACUUCGUUCUUGGGUACUUCGCUUUGUGGAAAACCCCUUAAGUCCUGCCCGGAAGAUAUAAACUUGCCCCCAGCUGAGCCCGGCACCGGCGACCAGAGCAACGGGAACAAUGGGACCGAGAACAAGAAGAAGAAGAAGCUCUCGGGGGCUGCAGUGGCGGGAAUUGUGAUCGGAUCCGUUCUCGGGUUCCUACUGAUUGUAGCAUUGGUGAUCCUCUUAUGCCGAAGGACCCGUAACAAGAAGACGAGUAGAUCGAUGGACAUUGCCACUAUCAAGCAGCCUGAGACAGAGCUUUGGGCCGAGAAGCCUGCCCCCGAGGCUGAGAACGGUGGGGUCAGUAAUGGUUAUUCUGUGGCGGCUGCAGCGGCAGCGGCCAUGACGGGAAGUGGGAAGGGAGGUGGAGCUGCAGAGGCCAAUGCCAAGAAGUUGGUGUUCUUCGGCAACUCUGCUAGGGUGUUUGAUUUGGAGGAUCUGCUGAGGGCUUCUGCAGAGGUUCUUGGGAAGGGGACCUUUGGGACGGCCUACAAGGCAGUCUUGGAGGUCGGGACCGUGGUGGCAGUGAAGAGGCUGAAGGACGUGAAUGUCUCGGCGAAGGAGUUCAAGGAGAAGAUCGAGGCAGUCGGGGCCAUGGACCACGAUAGCUUGGUGCCUCUCCGAGCUUACUAUUACAGCAUUGAUGAGAAGCUCUUGGUGUAUGACUACAUGCCCAUGGGAAGCUUGUCUGCUCUAUUACAUGGAAACAAAGGAGCGGGAAGAACUCCAUUGAACUGGCAGAUCAGGUCCGCUGUUGCCCUUGGAGCCGCUCGGGGCGUGGAGUACAUACAUUCCCGGGGGCCCAUGGUCUCCCACGGGAACAUCAAAUCGUCCAACAUCCUCCUCACCCAGUCCUACGAAGUCCGGGUGUCUGACUUUGGACUAGCCCAUCUCGUGGGUCCGUCCACCACACCAAAUCGUGUGGCAGGUUACCGUGCCCCUGAGGUCACUGACCCACGAAAGGUCUCCCAGAAGGCUGAUGUCUACAGCUUUGGAGUUCUGCUUCUGGAGCUCCUUACAGGCAAGGCCCCAACGCACGCCCUCCUCAACGAGGAAGGGGUCGACCUUCCCAGGUGGGUCCAGUCAAUAGUCCGCGAGGAAUGGAACUCUGAGGUAUUCGACCUAGAGCUCCAGCGAGACCCGAGCGUGGAAGAGGACAUGGUGAAGCUCCUACAGCUCGGGAUAGACUGUGCAGCACAGUAUCCCAACAACCGCCCUUCCAUGUCUGAGGUUAGGAUCCAAAUCGAGGAGAUAAUCCACACAAGCGGGCAAAAAGGACAAUUCCUACAAGCACCCGACCAGAUCAGCAACGCAGACGACUUCUCUUCCCGGUGAGUCGAUAUCAACACACAAUCUCUUAAAGGAUCAUUUGGCAUAUAAUGCCCGUAUAGAGCAUAUUGUACCUUAAAAUCUCGGGCCGAUUCUCCAUUCCAUCUGCCGGAAGCAACCGACAUGUAGUCGUCUCUCUUUCUUCUUCAAGAAUUACACUUUUGAGUUUGAUCGCCUGUUCAAUUUGUUCCUCUUUGUUUGGUGGAUCAUUGUUAUCCUCUGUAAUUAUUUCAUCUUCUUUCUUUUCUUUUUCUUACUUAUGCUUUUGAUGCAACUUUCCAUCUGCUCAGAUUGAGAUGUUUCUGUAAGGAAAAGAAGUUUGGUGUAAUGCUCUUAUCAGAUGAAUUUGAUCCACCAAACUUUUAUUCUUCCAUUCUUGUAAAACUUCGGCAAACCGAGAUGCUCUCGAUGAACUCUUUACUUUUAUUGAUCAUUUCCUCCUGGGGAUUUGCCUUUA